AUGGAUUUGCGUAAGCGAGUUUGGAGUGCUUGUGAAGUGCUCGGUUUGCUGCUCAUCGUCGAUUCGCGAUGUGAAAUCACAUGGGAAGUUCCUCGCUUUGACGGUUGGUACAACAGUUUGGGAUGUCCCAAACGUGGAGCAGUGGGCUCACACCUUGUGCGGUUGGUGCCCGCCAACUUCCUGGAUGGCGUCUACCAAGCAGAGAAUGAGCCCGAGCUGCCCAAUCCACGAAGCCUGAGCCGUGCUGUCAGCGUCGGCCCCUCUGGGUUGCCCUCCAUGCGAAACCACACUGUAUUAUCUUUGUUUUUUGGUUAUCACGUUGCGUUUGAGAUCAUGAACUCAAGGACUCCUGGGUGCCCACCUGAAUUCAUGAACAUUCCAGUGCCUAAAGGUGACCCUGUUUUUGACCCAAAUGCCACCGGUGAAGUUCUGCUGCCUUUUCAGAGAGGACCAUGGGACAAAGACACAGGCCAGAGUCCGGGAAACCCUCGUACACAGGUCAACCUGGUCACAGCUUGGAUUGAUGGUAGCUCCAUCUAUGGCCCCAGCAAUUCCUGGUCAGACUCACUGAGAAGCUUUUCUAAUGGGCUGCUCGCCUCCGGUUUGCAAAAGAACAUGCCGAGGCAGGCGACCAGUCACAGGCUCAUGUGGAGCGCAGCUGACCCUACAACAGGUGAUCAUGGACCUGAGGGCCUCUAUGAGUUGGGAAAUGCUUGGGGCAAUGAGAAUGUGUUCACAGCAGCAGAAGGGAUCAUCUGGUUUCGUUACCACAACUAUUUAGCCUAUAAAUUGCGUGAGGAGCACCCACAGUGGUCUGACGAGGAGUUGUUUCAAAACGCCAGGAAGACAGUUGUGGCCACAUUCCAGAAUAUCGCCCUUUACGAAUGGCUGCCAGCAUACCUGGGAGACAGGACUCUUCCGCCUUACCCAGGAUAUCAAAAAUUUGUUGAUCCAGCCAUUUCCCCCGAGUUUGAGACUGCCGCUAUGAGAUUAGGUAUCACUAUGGCUCCACCUGGUGUUUAUAUGAGAAACAGAACCUGCCAUUUCCGAAAAAUCAUCAACACUGAUGGCAGUUUAUCAUCAGCCUUGCGACUUUGUAACAGCUUUUGGAAACGUCAGGCGGUGAAUGUGAACACAAGGCGGGAUGUGGAUGACCUCAUCAUGGGCAUGGCCUCUCAGAUUGCAGAGGAAAUUGACCACAUUGUUGUGGAGGACCUAAGAGACUUCAUGUACGGACCUCUUAAGUUCACACGCACAGAUCUGGUCGCGCUGACUGUCCAGAGAGGACGAGACUUUGGCCUUCGCAGUUACACGGAAAUCAGAAAAGCUUUGGAUUUGCCUCCUGUAAAGACAUUUGAAGACAUUAGUCUUCACAUCAACAGGAGUAACCCACAGUUGCUUCGAGAAGUUGCACACAUUUAUGGUGGAGACAUCUCCAAACUAGAGCUCUUCCCCGGAGGACUGCUCGAGUCAAUGGGUGGUCCAGGUCCAGUUUUUUCCGCCAUAAUCUUGGACCAGUUUGAACGCAUAAGAAAUGGCGAUCGUUUCUGGUUUGAGAACAAACAGAAUGAUUUGUUCUCAGAUGAUGACAUCCAAAGGAUCCGCAACGUGACUUUCCACGACAUCCUUGUUGCGGUCACGAAUGCUGAGAAUUCAGAUUUGCAAAGCAAUGUAUUCUUCUGGAACAGUGGCGACCCUUGUCCUCAACCCACACAGCUCAAAUCAUCAAUGCUUCAUCCCUGCACCGAUGCCACCAAACUCAAUUACUUUGAUGGGAGCAGAGUUGGCUUUGGGAUAUGUAUUAUCAUUCUGUUCCUCUUUCCUCUUGUAAGUUAUUUCAUGGCCUGUAUGGUGGCGUAUCACCGAACGUCCCGCUACAGGAAAUUCCAGAAAAGGGGAAACCCCAUUGGAAGAGUUGAGAGCAACGUUUCAGGAUUCGCUGCCUCUGAGUGGCAGAACCAUAAAAAGCCUCUGUAUCCUGUCGCUGUCGAGGUCACAGAGGAGAAGAAGCUGCAGAUAUGGGACAGAUCUGGAGCUGCUCUCCGCUGCUUGAAUCUUGACACGCAGCAUUACAUUGAUGUGCUCAUCUCGAACGACCGCCACCAGAAAGCUGUGCUGCUCAAAGUGCCCAAGGAAUACGACCUGGUGCUGUUUUUCGAUGAUGAGAGCAAACGUGCCGCAUUCCUCAAGUGUCUACACAAGGAGGUGACUGCCAAGAGGCAUGCGGUUAAAUUGAGUAAGAUGAGUGAAAAGGAGCUUCUGAGGGAGGCAUUAACAGGAGAGCAAAGGGCACAGAUUGUGGAAACAUUCAUCCGACAUGCUUUCUCCAAGGUUUUGGAAAUCGAGAAGUGCGAUGCCGGGGACAUGAGUGGUGUUUCCUGUAAAAAAGCCAAAGAGGUUCUGCAAUGCGAGUUGACAGCUACAGAGUUUGCAGAUGCACUGGGUCUCAAACCUGACUCCUUAUUUGUGAACUCCAUGUUCACACUGGCUGACAAAGACGGCAAUGGUUACCUCUGCUUUCAGGAGUUUCUUGAUGUCGUUGUCAUUCUUAUGAAAGGAACCUCUGAGGAAAAGUCCAAGCUGAUGUUCACCAUGAAUGACAUCAGCGGAACUGGUUUUUUAUCAAAAGAAGACUUUUCCAGGAUGUUAAGGUCAUUUAUUGAAAUCUCCAACGGAGCGUUGUCAAAGUGUCAGAUGGAUGACGCCAUCAGAGCCAUGAUGCAGGCAGCGGGGAUUGAUAACAAAGAAAACAUCACGUGGGAAGACUUCCAUUUCCUCCUGCGGGACCAUGACAAGGAGCUGCAGUUUGCCCAGCUCAGCGUCAAAGGGGUGGAAAAUCAAGGAAAGAAAUUGUUGAAUCGAGACCAGAGAGUUUCUUUCAUCUGCCAAACGAGAAGCUGCGACAAUACAGAUGGACAGGAUAUCCGCAGACGGAAAAAGCUUGGCCUCAAUACUCCCACAGUGUACGUGAAGCCCAAGCGUGACUACUACGUAAGAAGCCCCGUCCGGCAGAAGAUCCAACACUUCAAACGAUUCAUUGAGAACCACCGACGGCAUAUUGUCUGCGUCAUCGUGGUUUACGGCAUAACAGCCGGCGUGGCGCUGGAGAGAUGUUACUACUACAGUUUGCAGGCCACAUCAACAGGCAUGCCUGAGACUUCAGUAGUGGGCGUGGUAGUUUCCCGUGGCUCAGCGGCUGCCAUUUCGUUUCUGUUUCCCUACAUGCUCCUCACCGUGUGUCGCAACCUCAUCACAAUGUGCAGAGAGACCUUCCUCAACAGAUACAUUCCCUUUGAUUCCGCCAUCGACCUUCAUCGCUCCAUGGCCGUGACUGCCAUCGCACUCACAGUUGCACACAGCUUGGGUCAUGUGAUCAACAUCUACAUCUUCUCCAUCAGUGAUCUCAACAUCCUGGCUUGUUUGUUCCCAAAGGUUUUGACUAACAAUGGGUCAGAACUUCCUCUGAAGUGGUCAUGGUGGUUCUUUCAAACUGUUCCAGGUCUCACUGGUGUGCUGCUUCUGUUCACUUUGGCAUUCAUUUACGUUUUUGCCUCUCGCUAUUUCCGCCGCAUCAGUUUCCAAGGUUUCUGGAUCACUCAUAACCUUUAUGUCCUCGUGUAUAUUUUGACAAUCAUUCAUGGGAGCUUUGGCCUGCUUCAAGAGCCACGUUUCUACAUCUUCCUCAUCCCACCCGCACUGCUCUUCCUGUUGGACAAAUUAAUCAGCCUGAGCAGGAAAAAGGUGGAGAUUUCUGUCAUCAGAGCGGAGCUGCUGCCUUCAGGCGUAACUCAUCUGGAGUUCAAGCGACCACAUGGCUUUGUAUAUCGUUCCGGCCAGUGGGUCCGCAUUGCGUGCCUGAGGUUGGGCACAGAUGAGUACCACCCGUUCACGCUGACAUCAGCCCCUCACGAGGAGACCCUCAGUCUGCACAUCAGGGCUGUGGGGCCUUGGACUAGCCAGCUCAGAGAGCUCUACAGUGAGGAAAGUCUGAUUGAGCUUGGAGCCUAUCCAAAGCUGUAUCUGGAUGGCCCGUUUGGAGAGGGACAUCAGGAAUGGACUGAUUUUGAGGUGUCUGUUUUGGUGGGAGGAGGCAUUGGUGUCACUCCAUUUGCCUCCAUCCUCAAGGAUCUGGUGUUCAAGUCCUCCAUCAGGUCAAGGAUUCAGUGUCAAAAGGUGUACUUCAUUUGGGUGACACGGACGCAGCGUCAGUUUGAGUGGGUGUCAGAUAUCAUCAGGGAGGUGGAGGAGAUGGACUCACUAGAGCUGGUGUCCGUUCACACUUAUAUCACGCAGGUGGCCCAGAAGUUUGACCUGCGCACCACCAUGCUGUACAUAUGCGAGCGUCACUUCCAGAAAAUACGGAGUCGCAGCCUGUUCACCGGCCUGAGGUCUGUAACCCAUUUUGGCCGGCCUCCUUUCGUGUCCUUUUUCAGCUCGCUGCAGGAAGUUCAUCCAAAGGUGUCCAAGAUUGGCGUGUUCAGCUGUGGACCACCGGGACUGACUAAAAAUGUGGAGAAAGCCUGUCAGCACAUGAACAAGAGGGAUCAGGCAUUGUUCAUGCACCACUUUGAGAAUUUUUAAAUGAAAUCCUCUGAUUCAGGGUCAGUUAAAAAGGUCUUUUAUUGUUCAGUAUUUCAUCGUCUGAAUGAAAUGUAAUCUACGUUUUUGAUCAACAAGCAGGCUCCCAAAUAACAGUGCCAAUGGUUUUGUAUUGGUCAUUUCUGCUGUGUUCUCAGUCUUUAUAGCAAUAAGUACAACUGCUCAAAAAAAGGGAACACUAAAAUAACUAGAUCGGAAUGAAUGAAAUAUUCGAAUUAAAUAUUGUGUUCUUUUCAUAGCUGAAUGUUCUGAAAAUAAAAUCACACAAUAAUGAUCAAUGGAAAUUACAUUUAUUUGACCCAUGGAGGUCUGGAUUUGGAGUCACACUCAAAAUUAAAGUGCAAAAGCACAUUUCAGGCUGUUCCAACUCUGAUGUAAUUGUUAUUAUUUAUUAAAUUCGGACACUGCACAAGAAGUACAACUACAAUG